UAGUUUUGGCGCGAAUGUGCGCUCGAGCCUCGAGCUUUGGUGUAGUGGGGUAGAGGAUUGAAGUGUCGAGCACCUUCUGAACGUUUGGCCAUUGCAAGCUCUUCCUGGAUGAGGCGACUUAAAGAGUGGGGAAUUGUGCCUUCCAGCGCCUACGACUUUCGGAUUGAGGGUUAUUGUGAAAGAACUGGCAAGUUCCUCACAACAGCAAACGUACACAACCGGCUGAGCAGUACACGUAUCGUGUGCACUGACGGCAAGAGCUACGAGCUUGUGGGACCGUUCGACCGAGUUUCGGGUGCUGAAGGAUACAUUCCGGAGAGAAUACUCGACGCAUUCGUGCAUGGUGUACCACGGAACUGGAGGCAAGUCAUACGGGGUUGGCUUGAACAAGAAGACUCAAAUGGCCGGGAUUGCCGUGAAGCCGAAAGCACAGUGAAGUACCCAGACCUCCCUUUUCAGCGUUGUUCUGCUGAUAAAAGUUUCCAGAAGAUGCAGCGAGACAGUGCGUUCAACUUCCAGCGGCGCAGACGACACAGCGGCGUUGCAUCUGCCUCAGCGACUUCGCCAACCAAGCAGCACUCAACUCGAAAGAGCGGCGUUGCCAUUGUCGGUAGCUACGCUUCUCCUUUGUACAUGAAAGAAGCCAAAAUUUAUGUUGAAAGACUGCCUGAGGCGAUAUUGUUGGAAACGGUGAAUGGAGCUAUUGCGGUGGGACCGACAAGCAGCACGCCUCGUCACGCGCCAGUGUCUCUGGAGAAAACAAGAAACCUUUCAACUUCGACUCGAGUGUCAUUAUCUGGUAAAGCCAAGCAGAAGGUGCCGAAAAAACUUGGAGCAGAAAUGGGCAUGUCCUUGAGAAAUAGUUCGUCCCCUGCCACUCGGGCCAGAGCACGUGAUGAAGUGUGGGCACGCAGUGAUGAAGUGUGUACACGGUCCCUGAGAAAUAGUUCUUGCCCUGCCACUCGGGCUAAAGCACAUGAUGCAUCAGGGGGACACAGUGAUAAAGUCUGUACACGGUCGCGAUCGGCUAGUGCACAGCGAAUCUUGCGGAGCGCAAAGCAAGGAAUGCAAGCGACUCGUGAUGUGAAUGGCAAAAUCAAAACAGCUUCAACUUGUGAAAUGCAAGUGAGAAAGCGAAGUACUUCUGGCAGCACAGGUAAAAAAGGAACUGCAUUCCUGAAGCUUGACCAUGUUGCUGCAUUGCCUGUAGCCGAAAGAGCAUUAUCAGGGCCGUCACCACGGAAGUACAGAAAUCAAGGCCAGAAGAAAAGCACAAAGCAGAAAGAUAAACCUGAAUUAAGUGGUAGCCGAACGUCUUCCAGAGGAGAGCAAAUGCACAGUAAUUAUGGGCCAGUGAAGGAACGCAAGAGCAGUACAAGUGUGCAGACCAGGAUCGGCUGUUAUCCGACACGUAAAAACAGUGAACUUGAGGUUAAGGUGAUGUCACCAUGCGUUUUGCCAGACAAGUCGAAGUCUAGCGUGGAUAGUUCUCGCCACAGAGCUGGUGGCAUGGAGCAAACAGGUAUUCAGCUCAGAAGUGAUAAAUGUGACAUCUUAGCUUCAAGGCAGCAUAAAGCAACUGCAAGUUUGGAGGAGUGUACUUCUGCUAUUAUCAACAAAAGGUAUCCUGUACGCAGCAGUAAAAAAGCAAGCAAUACGGGAUUGUCGUCAGCCAAGAAGAAAUUGGACGACUUAAGUUCACUGUCGGGGUGCCAGAAUGAGGCUGCAAAAAAAAAUAACAUUCGCCCUAGAGAGGAUGAAUGCGGACUCAGUGUAAAUGAACAUGUGCGGACAAGAAGUGGCCACUGCUAUCAACGCAAGAACGUUGAAUGUAAAGACAAGCUUGGAGCCAAGUCGCUGAACAUGUUGCCAGCUAAGCGUAAGCAUAGCUUGGACAAUGUUCAGCGUGCAGCAAGCGAAGAGCAGCAAACAGGUGCUCCACACAGCAGUCGUGCGUCGUGUGACAACACAUUUGCGAAGCAGAAGAAAGCAGCAACUAGUCUAAGAGAAGGCAGUUCCACUGUUAAGCAGCAGCAUCUAUCACACACUACCAUUGAAAUGGACAGUGCAGAGACUAUACCAGUGAAACUGAAGUCACUCAGAAGGAAAUCACCUGGCAGCCAAAAGGAUCCUGCUACAAAGAGCAGCCCUCACUCUGAAGUACAGGGGAAACACCGGUAUAGCACUAGGAGUUGUGCACUGGCCUUACGCAAGCGUGCACCCAAAUCAUCAAGUGGUUUGCUAGCUAAGCACAAAUUUAACCUGGAAACUUCUCAAAUCACUGCAAGUAGUAAGCAACAGACAGGCGCUUCACGCAGGAACCGCACCUUGAGCAAGGAACUGGUUACAAAGCAGCAGAAGGCAACUGAGAAUGAAACACACCACAGUUCCUGCACAGUCAGAACGCGCCGCACCUCAAGCACCAAGUUUAACACUGGCCAAACAGGGUCACCGAAGACCCGAAGAACACCAUUACCAAGAAAGUCUGCAACCACGUCUUCACAUGAUACAUCUAAGAAGACCUUUGGAAAUGUUUGUCAAGCAAAAGCUGCUUCAUGUACUCACCGUAAAAUUGAUACUACGUCAGCAUCGGGCAAACAGAAAUCAAAUAUGAGCUCGUCAAGACAGGAUACCGCUACAAGCCAGAGAAGGGCACCGAAAAGAAAACGUUCUGUUACAUGUUCAUCUGAAUUUUCACCCAGGAAGAAAACCUCCAGGGGAGAUACUUCUCAAAGAAAAGGUUCAGCUAAGGUUACAUCAUGCUCUGUGUCCAGUAGAGCUACAGCAGGCAAGCAAAAAUCUAGUGAGGGUUGCAUAGGACAACAGGAUGUUUGCUCCGAAAACCGAGGGGAGUCAUCAGUGAAACCUUUGGCUACACCUUUGCAUGCAAUUUUGCCCAAGGAGGCAGCCGUUGGAGAUAAAUCUGAAACUGAUGUUGCCAAAAAUCACAGUAAUACCACAGGCAUAAAAAGAGGGAGACCAAGAAAGAAACAACCAUCAUUAGAAGUUCACAAUAACAGUGACGCCCAAUCUCGUGGACAGCCCAGUUCUGAAGUUGCUAACGCUUUAAAAAGUGUACAAACAGAGCAGGCAGGUAGUGAAAGUGAGAGCACACCCAAGUUGAGUGUCUCAGAUGCACUGAAAAAGGGUUGCUGUGAACCAGCUGAGCCUUUCGUGAAACCACAGCCAUGCAAGCAAGGUCGCAGCGCAGACUCUACAAGUCAGACUACAAAGCCCAAAGCAAGUGAAUCCACGGAGGCACUUCUAGCAAUAACAGCCAGAAAGGGAACCCUCAAACGUAAGGCCCAAAUCAAGAAGCUGGCAGAUGCACUGGCAGCGAAGGAAGCUUGCGAUGACAUUUACCAGUCUCAGGUUUUAGGUGGAAACAUCCCUGGUGAUUUUUUCAUGACGGAAAAUUGGGAUGAGCUGUCCGAUUUCCGGGCAUCUCGAAUGACAACACCUGUGCCGAAUUCCCCGCAUCUCAGCCCAGGGAAGAGUCAGUUCUCAUUUUCUAGUGUAGGCAGUGCAUCAUCAGAAUCGCCAGUAGCAGCAGUUGCGAUCAUGAAGAGCAUCCGUAAGCGAGAUUGUGCUACCACCUUGAAAUCCUCAACCCCGAAGUCUAAAUAUAUGAAAAAAAAUCCGAAUGUAAAUGUGGUGCUACAAGGACUGCGGAAUCUGGAGGCAAAGUUAGAGAAAGAAAGGCUGAAAGAAAACUGCGAAGAUUCCAAUGAGGAAGUGGAGGACACAGAUGUCGAAAGUAGUCAAGAUGACGAACAUCUUUUUUUCCACUGACAUAUCCAAAUUUUGCAUGAUUUGACGCAGAGUGAGCACCUUUGUGUAAAGUACUACUUCCAUUAUGCUGUAAAGUUCUUUCAGCUUGUCUUGUCAUCUCAGCAGCAUUAGUGAAUAAAGCUGGAUGAAUUUAACAUGAA